ACUGGUCUGCUUAUCCCAGCGUCGUGAUGUGGAGGCUGCAGGUUGUUCUGGGUCAUCUCACUGGUCAGCCCGAUCCCGGCUUGGCACUACGGGCAGCGCCGUGCUUCAGCAGCUUCCCGCAAGCCUCGGCUGCGGACGUGGUGGUGGUGCAUGGACGGCGCACCGCCAUCUGCAAAGCGGGACGCGGAGGCUUCAAGGACACCACCCCCGACGAGCUUCUGUCAGCGGUCUUGACCGCGGUUCUUCAGGAUGUAAAGCUGAGGCCUGAGCAGCUGGGGGACAUCUCCGUGGGAAAUGUUCUUCAGCCUGGGGCUGGGGCUGUCAUGGCCCGGAUCGCCCAGUUUCUGAGUGGCAUCCCAGAGACUGUGCCUCUGUCCACUGUCAACAGACAGUGCUCAUCAGGGCUGCAGGCAGUGGCCAACAUAGCUGGUGGCAUCAGAAAUGGGUCUUAUGACAUUGGCAUGGCCUGUGGGGUAGAGUCCAUGUCCCUGGCUAACAGAGGGAACCCUGGAAAUAUUACUUCACGCUUGCUGGAGAAUGAGAAGGCCAGAGACUGCUUGAUCCCCAUGGGGAUAACCUCGGAGAAUGUGGCUGAGCGGUUUGGCAUUUCACGGGAGAAGCAGGAUACCUUCGCGCUGGCCUCCCAGCAGAAUGGGCCAGAGUGGGGACAUGAGGAAGGGAGCUCCAGGGAGCUGAGCCUGCUGUCUGCUGCUGGCAGGGCAGCAGGAGCCCAGAGCAGGGGCUGUUUCCGUGCUGAGAUUGUGCCUGUGACCACCACCAUCCACGAUGACAAGGGCACCAAGAGGAGCAUCACUGUGUCCCAGGAUGAGGGAAUCCGCCCCAACACCACCAUGGAGGGCCUGGCCAAACUGAAGCCUGCAUUCAAGGAUGGUGGCUCCACCACAGCUGGAAACUCUAGCCAGGUGAGUGAUGGGGCGGCUGCCAUCUUGCUGGCCCGGAGGUCCAAGGCAGAAGAGUUGGGCCUCCCCAUCCUCGGAGUCCUGAGGUCCUAUGCAGUGGUUGGGGUCCCACCUGACAUCAUGGGCAUUGGACCUGCAUAUGCCAUCCCUGCAGCCUUGGAGAAAGCAGGGCUGACAGUGAACGAUGUGGACAUCUUUGAGAUCAAUGAGGCCUUUGCAAGCCAGGCUGUCUACUGUGUGGAGAAGCUAGGAAUCCCCCCUGAGAAGGUGAACCCUCUGGGAGGUGCCGUGGCUCUGGGCCACCCGCUGGGCUGCACUGGGGCACGACAGGUCAUCACGCUGCUCAAUGAGCUGAAGCGCCGUGGGAAGAGGGCAUAUGGAGUGGUGUCCAUGUGCAUCGGCACUGGAAUGGGAGCCGCCGCUGUCUUCGAAUACCCUGGGAACUGAGUCCCUCGCUCAAGGCACUACCCAGAUGGCCCUGCUCUGGCCGCCAGAGAGUGACUCUAGGGAACAAAUCUACCUGGGACAUUCAGCACUGGUGGUUGCGGUGGGGACAAAUGAAGGCACGUCAACUAUUUGAAAACUGUGAACACUGAUGAUGCAGUACAAGAGGGGGUGGCAUAUUGGGCCAUACCACCAGAUCCCCUCUAGCUGGGCCAGACAAAGUCAGUGUGCAUCACCCAGGCCACAAGGCCAUGCAAAUCAUAGGGUACUGUGGCCUCAUGAAUGAGGUACAAUGACAUAGUAAAUGUGUGUUAUCUCAUCUUGGUGGCUCUGGAUUUUUCCAAGGGCUUGUGUUUUCCUUGCUGGACCUCUGUGUGCUCCAAGUAGUGAGUCUGAACUGCCAUGGUCUCUAUGGUGAUGUGACCUGUUUUUUGUGUUAGCUCUGGGAACUUAUGAAGCAAGGCCUAGGCCAAGACCAUUGCUCUAGAGGAGGCUUUUCCAUCCCAGGAGCUGCUCAGAACUCCCCAAUCCAUGUCCCCGUCCAGCACACCUGUUCCUUAACCUGCGCCAUCUUGUUCCCUUAGCUCAGUCUGGGGCUGAGGGGUGGGAUGAACCUCAGAACCUGUGAGGUUCCAUGAAUCUCUCUUUGUAGGAACCUGGCCCUGGAGCCUUGGGCGCAGGACUUCUUGCCUAGCAUUCCUUCUACCACCAGUGUGGACUCAUACAGCUCAUUGCUCCUUGGGAGAGGUGGGGCUUAGGUCAACAGAGUUCUGAGUCCUGUGACAGUGUCAGGGAAUUGAGGAGGAGUUGUACCUAGGAGUGAAGAACAUCUGAAUGGUGAUGGACAUUGGGGUCGCAUUGGUGAGCAGCACCUCCAGCAACCCACUCCCUGGGGAGACCCCAAAGCCCUCAGCCUUCUUGGUGGUGAUCUGUUGUCCUGCAUCAAGAGGAAGGGAAUACACACAAGGGGACAAGCAGCUCCAUGUGUUAUGCUGGAGCCUUCACUUGCUCCAGGUCAGCCCAUCCUCUUAGGAGUCAUUUCUGGUCUUACCAACACCACAGUGCAAGACAAAUGGGUGUCACCAGGCCUAGUGUACCAUACUGCACAGAUUGGACACAUGGUCAUAGGACAUGGGUUUGGACCCAGCUCCACCAAAAGCAGUAAGCAAGUUGACCAUCAGCAUGGUCCAGUAGCUCCUCAGCUGCUGAGGUUUAUAGGUAGACUUCCCAGACUCUGUUGAUUUACAAAACAGGUUCCAAAGUCCACCUAGCUGGUGGAGAGCUACAGCUUGGGCACAACCACGAUGACUGACAGGGUUACCACCUGGUGGACAAAGCCUUUGACUCAGCAGGGAAUGGAGCAACCUCAUCCACUGCUGUAGGAUCUGAGCUCGAGAGUCACUGGGACACAGGAAACCUCGUAGUCUGCAAGCAUCCAUACUUUUAAGCAGAGCACCAGCAGCAGCAUAGUUAGUCUCAGAGUCCACAUCUCCAUCAAGAGCAAGGGGUGGUUAUGAUUAUGAUUGGAAAGAGGCCACAAUGGCACCAUCUGCUCUCCCUACUGUCCCUUCCAAAUUCACUGCCAUAGAGCUUUGUGCUCUGCUUCAGGUUGGUAGGUCAGUCAACCAUAGGGUUUCCUUCUCCUCUCCUCUCUCCUCCCUCUUCCUUCCCAAAGAGCCCAAGGCAUUUUCUCAGGUUGCUAAAAGUAGGUGAUACUUUCACAUUUGGAGCUGAGUUCUGCUUUUCCCUUCUUUGCCUACUGCAGGCCCAGCAAAGUCUGGCUCAGCCCCUACCCCAGCUCAGCCUGCUGGGACCCAGACUAGUCCAGGAUGCCUCAGUAACAGCCCAGCAGCGCCCCCACCUGGACAUUCAUUCCACAAGUGCUGCCCCACACCUUUUCUGUGCCCAGAAUCUUUUUGGUGCAGAGACAGCCCUGCUCACCCUGAGGAAUCAGAGGCUAGAGGAGAGGGACAAUAAGCGAACCACCCUUUGCUAUCCAGAAUGACCAGGGCUGGGUUCUGGCCACCUGUAGGCUGAGGAAGGACUUUGUCUUUAUCCUGAGGCCAGUGAAGGGCCUGUGAUGGGUUUGAAGCAGGGGUGUGUCCAAGUCUGCUUUGCUUUCUGUAAGAUCUCUCUGGCUGCUGUUGGGAGGUAGGCAGAAGGAGCACGAGUGGGUUGAGGACAUCAGUCAAGUGGCCAAGACCAAAAAGACCUGCAGGAUGAGGCAUGGUCUCUUGCCUCCCAAAGACAAGUCUGUGGACCUAGCUCAACAGAUUUCCCCAAGGAACCUGUCGGCAACACAGAUUCCUGGACCCUAAGGUCAACAGCAAGUCAGUAAGAUUCUUUAUUAAGAUCUUAGAAAUAUUUGAUUGUGUCUCCUAGAUCUUUUCAACUAUACCAAUACAAUUUCAUAUAAGUGGCCGCAAUGUUCUAUACCAGUGUUGUCAAAUUCAGUGACCAAUAGCCACAUGUGGCUGUGAGGACUUGAAAUGUGGGUGGACACUAUGACAGAGAAAUUGCAUGUUAAAAUGUAUUUAAAUUAAAGUGUCCAUUUGUUACUAGUGGCUAUUGUCAUGCGGAAUCCCCAGACAUACUAAACGGAGACUUUGGAACUGGGCCCUAGAAAUUUAUUUUUUAACAAAGUGAUUCUGAUAAAUGUUCAAGGUUGAGAAUCACUAAGUUCAAUAACAAAACUACCACUGAGGUACACCCUCAGCCCUUUUCAAUUCUUAUUUUGAGGAAGGGUCUUGCUAAUGAUAUUUGGAAGUUUGAAAUUUUCUAAACAAUUCUAAGUUUAAGAAAAAAAAUCACUGCAGAAAGUAUAAAAAUAUAGAACAGAAUGAUAACAACAACAACAACAACAAAAAAAAGAUUGUGGAUCAAAACCAGUGGCUUAUAACUAAAACAAUAAUAGGAGGAAAUUUUAGUCCUUUUGCUUAUAUUAAUAAAGAAGAAAGGCGGAAAAUCAACGAGGUAGGUAUUGCAACUUAAGAAGUUAGAGCAGAAUAGCUACAUAUGCCCAUCAAAUAUGUAAAAUGAUGAAGAUAAAAACUGGGGGUUGGAGGUGUAGAGGAUGUGCUUACCAAGGGUUCAAUCCCCAGUACUGCAAUCCACUCCCGCAAAGGAGAGAGAGAUAGUGAAACAAAAAAACAAAGAUAAAAAAGGCCCCAAAUUGGUUAUUUGAAAAGAUUAAUUAUAUGGGUAAAUACAAAAACAUAUGCCAAUUCCAAUUUUUUUCUUCUUCUUUCUUUAUUUUAUUUAUUUUAUGUUUUUUGAGACGGGGUCUCACUGUAUUGCCCAUGCCGGUCUCAAACUCGUGAGAUCAAGUGUUCCUCUCACCUCAGUCCUCUUACUAGCUGGAACUAUGUGCAUGUACCCCUGCACCUAGCAAUUUCAGUUCUUUAAAAGAAAGAUAAGCAAAGGCCCAAGUAAAUGAGAUUAGGAAUUAAAAAGAGAAAGUGAGGCCUGGGGAUCAAGCCCAGGGCCUCAAACAUUCUAGGGGAGGCUAGGCUACCACUAGGCUACACUCCCAGUCCUCAAAUGUUUCUCUUCUUAUAAGGACACUGGUCACAGGAUUGGAGCCCAUCCUAAUCUACUAUGACCUCAUCUAUGAAGAUCCCAUUUCCAAAUAAGAUCACAUUCACAGUACCAGGAGUUAGAACUCGAACAUAUCUUUUUGGGGUUACAUAAUUCUAUCCACUACACAGCAAUAGUUCAUUUAUUUUCACACGUUAAUGAAAACAUUCAAGAAUGUGCAUUUAGUACAGUCUAAAUGUUCUAAUAGAAUGUUUUCAUUUUCCUGCUUUCUGUACUAGGGAUUGAGCAUGCGAUCUACCACUGAGCUACACCCUCAGCUCUUUUCAUUUCUUAUUUUGAGACAGUGUCUUGCAAAAUUGCCUGGGUUGGCCUUGAACUUGAGAUCCUUCUGCCUCAGCCCCCUGAGUAGCUGGGAUUGCAGGUGAACUCUAUGGUGUCUAGUCAUUUUCCUGCUUUCUAAAUAGUGUGUUGUAUUUUUAUUUCCUUCUCUAACCCAGUAAUUAUUUAGGAGAAUGAUUUAAAAGUUCUAAGUAGUUCAACAUCCCCUCAGUGAUUGUCUUCUUUCUCUUUAUUUUUUAGUCCAAAACUUAAAAUUAAAAUUAAAAUGCAAAAAUCA